AUGAAGUUCUUUAUUACUGCUUCCGUUAUUGCUGCCGUCCUCGGUCAUGCAUCUGCCCACUCCUGGGUUGAGGAGAUGCAAGUCAUCGACUCGACUACUGGCAACUACACUGGCGACUAUGGCUACCCUCGUGGCUAUGUUGCUCGCACUGAUCCUGGGUUCAACGGCGACUCGAUGGACUACCUGCUGCCAGCCCUUAGCUCGGGUCGCACUCGUAUCGACAACACUGAUCUUCUCUGCCACCCUAACCAACGUACCUCGAACUACGCCAACGCCAAGUACCCUCGCCUUCAGGCUGCUGCUGGCUCCUACGUUGCCAUGAAGUACCUUGAGAAUGGUCACGUCACUCUGCCUCAGAAUCAACCUGGCAAACCCAAGUCUGGCGGCACUGUUUUUGUCUAUGCCACUACCAAGCCUUCCAGCACUGAGAAGAUCGCUGAUGUCCUCAAAUGGAACAGUGCCGGUACUGGUGGCGACUCGCGUGGUGCUCAAAUAGCUGCUCAGAACUUUGAUGAUGGACGUUGUCACCAAAUCAACUCUGGCACCAUUUCUCUCGCACGUCAACAGGAGUUCCCUGAUCACGUCUUCGGCCAGCCUGAUUCCAAUGUUGAGCAGUGGUGUGAGACUAAUGUUCACAUUCCUUCGACUUACAAGACUGGCGACACUGUCACUGUCUAUUGGGUUUGGCAAUGGCCCACUGAGGCUGGCGUUGGUGUCUACCCAGAUGGCAAGGAUGAAUACUACACCUCUUGCGCCGAGAUUGACAUUGUUGCCUCUAUCAGCAAUACUGCCCCAGUUCACACUCUUGCUCAGCAGGACGCUCAACCCGAGGCUGUCUCUGACUUCAAGUCAAGAGCUGCUCUCACUACAAGUCCUCUCUACACUCUUGCUGGCACAUCUGGUUCUGCUGCUGCUUCGACUUCACCUUCAGCUGCCACCUCUUCAACCUCUUCAUCUGCCGACCCACCCACCACCCCUCCAACCCCUUUNNCCCAGCCACGCCUCUGGCAACCCUUCUCUGCCUUUUCUUCUCGCCUCCCGCUCAACUUCCUAGCUUUGUAA